UCGGGAGCAGGCCUGAGCGAGCGGGAGGACAGAGACAGAGAGAGCAAGAAAGGAACAGAAGAUUGGGAGAAGGAUUUGGGAUUGUCGCUUGGACAAGAAAUCCCCUUCCGAGUCGACUCCUCCUUGUCUUUCCCUUUGAUCAUUGCUGUAUUUCUAACGUCCUCGUCGUUCUCGGAUUUGGAUAGGGUUCCUUCGUCAUAACCCUCUUCCAGUUCGUCCUCCAAUUUCCUGGAACCGCAGGCCACUUCUGGGAUUUGUUAUUUGAUUCAGAUUUCGCAUUGCGGUGUACGCAGAUCUGGAUUUUGCCAUCUGGUUGUGAUGGCCUGCUAACGUAGCCAGAGUAUCAGUUAACCCUUGCUGUUUUAGUCCUUCUCUUUUCUCUCGUGGAUCUGUGUUGAGAUUGGGUACUUCACUUUUGGUUAAUGAUCGCUGCGGGACAAGGAAUUGGUUUCUUACGGUAAUCAUUGGCUCUGGAGCUUGGCAACUUCUGGAGAGGGAAGAAGCUCUCUUCCAUUGCCAUCUCGGCUGCCAUCUGAUCCCAGCCAAAGUUGAUGUCUCGAAAACUGGACAGCCCUGUUCAAACCCAGAUGGCUGUGUCAGUCAUGAUAAGUCCACUUGUUGGGGAAUUCCAUGGGAGCAGCAGUGUGCAAGGGAGGCAACCUGCUGGAAGGAAACAAGUUUUUGUGCAAACUGACACCGGGUGUGUGCUGGGCAUGGAAUUGGAUCGAAGUGACAAUGCCCAUACUGUGAAGAGGAAGUUACAGCUUGCACUUAACGUUCCGACAGAUGAGAGCUCACUAACAUUUGGAGAUACUGUUUUGAAGAAUGAUCUUAGUGCAAUUCGAAAUGGUUCUCCCCUUCUCCUUACACGGAAUAUUAUGCACAGAAGCUCAUCCACGCCUUGUCUGUCUCCCACUGGAAGGGAUAUUCAACAGAGGGAUAAGAGUGGUCCUAUUGAGAUCUUAGGGCAAUCAAGUCGUCUUGACAGAAUGAAAGAACUGGCUAAGGAAAUUAUGAAGGCCAUAAAAAUGGGAAUUGAUCCUCUUCCUGUUCAUAGUGGGCUUGGAGGUGCAUACUAUUUCAGGAACAGCAGAGGUGACAGUGUCGCAAUUGUAAAACCAACGGAUGAAGAGCCCUUGGCUCCAAACAAUCCGAAAGGCUUUGUUGGCAAAGCUCUUGGACAACCUGGUUUGAAGCGUUCAGUUCGAGUUGGUGAGACAGGGUUCAGGGAAGUUGCAGCUUAUCUUCUUGAUUAUGAACAUUUUGCAAAUGUUCCCCCAACUGCCUUGGUCAAGAUUACUCACUCGAUCUUUAAUGUUAAUGAUGGGGUCAACGUGAACAAUUUCCAGAGGAAGAGGCUAGUUAGCAAGAUUGCAUCUUUCCAGCAGUUCAUACCUCAUGAUUUUGAUGCCAGUGAUCAUGGGACAUCUAGCUUCCCAGUUGCAGCUGUGCAUCGUAUAGGGAUAUUAGACAUAAGGAUUCUUAACACAGAUAGGCAUGCUGGAAAUUUGUUAGUUAGGAAACUGGGAGUAGGAAAAUUUGAUCAGGUGGAGCUAAUUCCUAUUGAUCAUGGGCUUUGUCUGCCUGAAACUUUGGAAGACCCUUAUUUUGAGUGGAUUCAUUGGCCUCAAGCUUCAAUUCCAUUCUCUGAAGAUGAGCUUGAGUACAUUAAGAAUCUUGAGCCUGCUGUUGAUUGUGAGAUGCUACGAAUGGAAUUGCCCAUGAUUCGAGAAGCUUGUUUGAGGGUCUUGGAACUUUGCACCAUUUUCCUCAAGGAGGCUGCUGCUUUUGGUCUGUGUCUUGCUGAAAUUGGUGAGAUGAUGACUAGGGAAUUCCGUCGUGGGGAGGAGGAGCCUAGUGAACUUGAGGUUAUAUGUUUGGAGGCAAGGAAGAUGUUAGCUGAGAGAGAGGAGCUGUCUCCAAGGAUGACUGAGCUGGGAGAUGAGGAAUUCCAGUUUGAUUUAGACUGUGAUGAAGUUGGGCCUGAUUUCAAUCCAAAGAUCUCAGUUGAUGAUUUUUUUAGCAGGGCAUGUUUUCAGCCUGGACUUGUUAAUGGGCAUGGCCGCAAUCCGCUUUCAAAACUAGAGGAGACUAUAGAGGAGGAAGAGGAGGAGAGUGAUGGAGAAGAUGUGGGGCUUCCCACCCUACCUCCUCAAGAGGGGAACCCAAAUAUUUCUAAAAUUUCAAUGUCACUUAAUACCAUGUUAGAUGAGAAGGACCAGAAACUCCAGAAAUCUUCAGCAGGGAAAGUUGACACUGGCUAUUUUGGUAAUACAUCAACAUCUGGUCAUAAGAGUGCCAAUGAGCAGCUUCCUGGAAGCAUAAGCUUUGUGAAGCUGGCGGAUAUGACUGAAGAUGAGUGGAAUGUGUUUCUGGAGAAGUUUCAGGAGCUUCUGCACCCGGCAUUUGCUGAAAGGAAAUCAAUAACUUUAGGUCAAAGGCAGAGACAGAGGCUUGGUACUUCAUGCCAGUUUUGAAGUUAAGAGCAAUGCGGUAAUGAUAUGAUAGAGAAGACUAUAGAAUGGAGAAUAAAAGCUUUAUAGGUAUAUCAGAAUGAAGGAUUUGUUAGGACAGGUAUGGGUUGGAAGUUUCGAAUGAGUGCCUUUAGUUGGAGGAGAGAGCACGGGGUAGUGAUGUAGAUAUUCUUGGCGUUUGCUGAGUAGUAAGCCUUGUAGGUUGUAUUUUUAUAUGAUAUGUUCUUUUUUGCUUGCCGAGUUCCCUAGGACAUGUUUGAUAAAUAAUUUUUAUCCUUCGUGAAAUGAAACUCCUGUAUAUAAAGAAGCCUUUGUUCCCGUUCGUUUUGAUUUUGAUUAUCA